AUGAAGUCGGCACUCUUUUUGUGUACAGCAGUUGCUGUUGCAACGCUUUCUGCCAUCGGCGCGGAGAGCAUCCCAAACGUCCCCAAAUGGGUGGAUGAAGCGAAGCUGGCGUACGCCGCCGAGAUCAAAUCUGCGUUGCCCCCUUUGGCUGUUAGCAAGGACUCGAAUACCCCACUGGUUGAUGUUCCCGCUCCGGUUGAUAUUGCAGCUCUGACUGCCGAGCUUGCACGCCUGGAGGAGUCCGAAGAAAAGUUUCGUGGCGACCGUCGUGCAAUUGCCUUCUUCGCUGCACUUAUCAUGGUUGGAGUUUUCCUCAUGUUCUACUUUACCACAACUCGGCUGGAACAGUCAAUCAAGGAAGCAAGGUAA